UUCGGUUCGAGACGCCGUCCCGGACACUCGGCCGACGCCCUCGAGUCGGCGUCAAGCGUCGCUUCGGCGUCGAUCGGCCCUGAGACGGGCUUCUUUAUUAUUCAUGUGCUUUGUGGUCUCUGCGGCUGUUUUAUUACGCACGACCGUGUUGUCUUCCGACUGAUUCAGCCCGAGCAAAUAUCACUUAUCAAUCGAGUUACAAGGAUAAGCUGUCCGACAGGAAAGGGUUGAACCCAGCAGUGACGAAUGAGCAACUGAGUGACCGUCCAGAUGCGGCGGCCAUGACCUUGUGAGAGCAAUCGGAGAACAAAAUUAAGGGCCUCUGUGGAUAAAUGGCUACGAAGGCGCAGGGGAACAAGAUUUGCCUUCCGAAGCCGUCGCUGCCGCCAAAGCCGUCGCCCGAGUUGCUGAAACAGUCGCCCGGCAGACGUUCGCUGCGAGCCUCGAUCGUCAGCAAAAAUGCCCCCAUCAGUCCUGAGCUCGCCCAGCGGGCCCUUCCCCCUCCACCGAAGCCCGUUCUGCCGGUGCGGACGGUGCCCCCGAAGCCGCAGCUGCUGCCCAAGCCACACCUCCCGAAGGACCCGGACUUGGUGUUGUCCAGCAAGAAACAGGCCCCAGUCGCGCGGUUGGACGAGUUCUCGGACAACCCGGUGCGACCCCCUCGCGCCCCAAAGUGCCAAAGACAGCCGGGAUCGCCGCCCCCGGUGCGUCCGAAGCCCUUCCUGACGCCUCCGUGCGCCGCCACCAAGCAGAAGAGCGCCAGUCUCGGGAGGGACGUCGACCCUUCGGCGUGGUUCGUGUGGCAAGGCACGCCCAUCAGACCGCCGAGGAGAAAGGGUGGGUGUCCGGCGAGGGCGUCGCAACCGCUCGGACGGAGCGUUUCGCUCUUCAGCUCCAUCGAGCAGGCGGACAAAAAUAACAUCCCAAUCUACGCCACCGUCAAUUACAGUCUGAAGAAGAACCGACGGGUGCAGCAGCAGACCAAAAGCGCCGACUGUCUCGACUCGAAACCGAGGCGAUACAAUUUGUUCACCAAUUCGGAGGAGCUGCUGGACAAGUCCGAGUUGUCGGAACAACCCGAGGAGGAGGAGGAGCGGAGAAUCUCGACGGAGAAGAAGAAUAUCUACGAGGAAUUGGAGAGCAAUCUGGAGAGCUUCAGCAGGGAGCUGGAGGCGUUGGAGAAAAGCAUCUCGGAAAAAAGUGACGAGCAGGUGCUGGUUAGUCAAUCAGAGCCGGCUAAUCUUAUCAGCGGCCAAGAUAAAGAUUGCAUGGGAAACUCGGAGUGCGCCAGUCUGCUCGAUUUGUGCGCAAAAAACGUGGACAGGAUUGAUCUGGAAUCGGGAAAGACGGAAGUGAAGGCCGAGUCCAACGAGGAUGAGAAUUCAUCAAAGCUGGAGGAAUUUUUCUCGGCCAACACGUCACAUCACAGUAGCUUAAAUGACAUUAUGCCGGAUAUUUUGGACGAGGAGGGGAAGCAACGGCCCGUCCGCGAGGAUGACGAAUCAUUCGGCAGUGCCGAGAACGUAGUGCCGAGCGACAGCAACUACGUCACCAUGUCCGACCACAAAGGGUCGCCGCACCUCAAGCACAAGAGCCUCUCAAAGUCUCUCUUGACCAGGAAAAAGCGGCACAAGCUGAAGAAGGAGCCGGACGGCGAGUUGUCCGCCGGCGUUUUGGGCGACCUCGAUUCGGACACGGCGCGCUCCGUGGACGACGUCCAGGGCGACGAGCGCGAGCGGAAAAAUUCCUUCUUCAACAAUUUCAUCCGCGGCAAGCAGAACCGCAAGUCCAAGGACAAGAAGGAGUCGAGCACGUUUUACCUCCGCAAGGGCAAGGAAACGCCCAGCAUUGUGAUCAACUCGGACUUCGAGACGGAGCCCGAGGAGGAGGAGGAAGAGGAGAACCUCAGCGUCAAUUCAACCUACUCAAAGUUGUCGAUAGAACCCACCCUGAGCACCAACUCGAUUAACUCGACCAACUCGGUGUGCUCCGAGCCGGACACGAACUCGGACCUGAGCGAGGAGCAGAAAAAGGCGUUGAAAGCGUUCAAAACUGCCGAGGAGCUGAUGACCUCUGAAAGGACCUACGUGGACUCGUUGAAACUUUUAUGCGUUGACUUUCGAUCCUACGUCAAAGUGCAAUCUGGGAAGGAUUCGAAGAAUCCCAUUAUUCAUGAGAGUGACCUGAACAAGAUACUAAACCAUUUGCCACAACUGCUGGUCCUGAAUGAGGAUCUGUUGCGCGACCUCGAGAAUCGCAUUGUCUGUUGGAACGAGAACGAGAAGAUCUCGGACAUCAUCGUGAAAAAGGGUCCUUUCCUCAAGCUGUACACUUCGUACAUGCAGGACUUUGAGGUGCAGGUGCACUUUCUGGACGAGUGUUGCCACAAGAGCGCCGCGUUCGCCAGGGUCGUGCACGAGUUCGAGGCGCUGCCCAGGUGCAACAAGCUGCGCCUCAGCCACUACAUGCUCACGCCCGUGCAGAGGUUCACCAAGUACCGACUGCUGCUGCAGCAGUACUUGCACUACCUCGACCAACACUCGCCCGACUACCAGGACACGCAGGUGGCGCUGCAAAUUGUCUGCGAGGUCGCCGAACAUGCCAACAAAAGCAUGAGGGAAGGGGACGCCUUGUCUAAAAUGUUGAAAUUGCAAUCGUUGUUAGGCUGUGAACUGAUUAAACCGGGCAGGGUCCUCAUCCGUCAGGGUGAACUGCAGAAGAUCUGUCGAAAGGGCAUCCAACCUCGAUACUUUAUUUUAUUUAGUGACUGCUUGAUGUACACUUCGUAUCACGGCUCGGCUCUUUUGAACGGGCUCAAAAUGAAUCUGGAGAUUCCUCUGCAAACGGUCCAAGUGCGAGUUUCCUCGACCGAGGACUACAGCAAUGAAUUCAGUAUUAUCAGCGUUAAGAGAAGUUUCACUUUAGUCGCUAGUUCUGCCAAAGAAAGGGAUGCGUGGGUUGAAGACAUGAAGGCCGCGGUCAAAGACAAGGUCAGCAAGCAACAGUCAUUCCAGCAGGCCAAGCUAAUUGCUGAUGGACUAAAUAGGCCCAUGACCACCUUGGGUCACACGGCUCCUCUUUGGAUUCCGGACGACCGUGUGACCACUUGCCAGAAUUGUGCUGUUCGUGAGUUCAGUCUCACCCACCGAAGGCAUCACUGCCGGGCCUGCGGAUACGUUGUGUGCGGAGACUGCUCCACCAACAAGGCCCUGCUCAGGUACAUCCAGUACCAGGCAGCCAGGGUCUGUGACAAAUGUUACGACAUUCUGCAAAAAGAGUUUGACGAUCCGCUGUUUUCUCUUCCGGCCGAUCUUUCCAACGAAGCCAUCAACGAGAUCAUGGAAAACGCUAAAAUUUACUACAGGAAAAACUUGCCCAGCGGAAAGAAAACCAAAGCUCCUGUCGUCCCCCAAAGACUUUUAGAAGUAACUGCAAUGGAGUCCGAGUGCACAAUCAAAGGCUGGUUGCAAAGACUGGUGAAUCGUUCGUGGAAGAAGAUGUGGUUCGUUUUGAAGGACCAGGUGCUCUAUGCUUACAAAGCCUCCGAAGAUGUCGUCGCCAUCGAAACCACACCCGUCCUUGGCUUCUCUGUCGAAACACCUGAUCACAUGGUGGAAGGGGUGCAUCCGGAGCUGGUCUUCACCCUUAGUCACAAAACAGCCUCCCAUCUGCCUCUGCAGGCGCAGUCAAGUGUUCCGAAAAUGGUUUUCCACGCAGAGUUCAAAGAUUGUGCAGAGAGGUGGAUCGAAGCAUUUAAGUCGGCAACUGUGCUGAACUGACGUGAUUUAGACAAUUGUGAACGCAUCCGGUAGAAGAUGUUUGUGCUCCUCUGCGUAAUCAAAACUGCUUUCCCGCGCCAUUUCUUGUUCAUUUUUUUACAUCGUGCUGAUGGUGCCAAUUACUAAAGAAUCUGACCGUAUUUGACGUUUUCCUAGGCAGCUGCAUAUCAAUACAGAUUUCAUAGUCAACGCCCUCAGCGAAGCAACUCUAGGAGAUUACGUUUUAUUUGUUUACAAUAUAUAGGCUCAGUGAUUGAAGCAAUAUUUCAUAAGUCAUGUACAGCACACUUUUCCAGUCGACUGUUUUUUUAUUCAUUGCACCGCAUGUCGCCAUGUAACCUCUUUAUUGCCAUAGGCUUGUUGCAGUUGAUUAGAAAAAAUUGUAUUUCGAUCGUUGGUGUCUUAAAAUUUAACACGUUUGUUAAUUAUACUUGCUGUUGAAAAGGAAAUUGUUUAGUCAAAAAGCUGGAAUUUACUUGAGAAAAGUUAGACUUUGUGAUGCGACCAAAGGCAUUAAGUGUUUUUGAAAAUUGUAAUCAGAUCAUGUCAUUUAUCGCUUGUAAGGCAAAAACAUAAAACAGUGUGAUAUUCUACUACGAUUGAUUGAAGUUUUAGAUGAAUCUAAAUUCGAGAUGGUGUGUUAUUGUGUCACAAAAAUACCAGAGCAAUAUUUAUUCGUAGAGA